AUGAAGAAGUUUGUGUUGAAGUUGGAAUUGCAUGAUGACAAAGCCAAGCAAAAGGCUCUGAGGACAGUUUCUACUCUUGCAGGAAUUGAUUCCAUUGCCAUGGACAUGAAGCAACAGAAAUUAACCGUGAUAGGAACGGUUGAUCCCGUAAAAGGAGGAACCCAAAAAGAGGAGGCAAAGAAAGAAGAACCUAAGAAGGAAGAGGCAAAGCCGGAGGAAGCCACUAAGGAAGAACCUAAAAAAGAAGCAGAGAAGAAGGAAGAGAAGAAGGAAGACGAGAAAAAGAAAGAGCCAGCACCACCACCACCGGACCCAGUUAUGGAACUCGUCAAGGCGUACAGAGCUUACAAUCCUCAAAUGACCACAUAUUACUAUGCCCAAAGCAUGGAGGAGAAUCCAAAUGCUUGUGUUAUUUGUUAA